GAAAGCUACCGUCAAAGAGACGUACUUCCGGUCGGCGGUAAAGCGUGCUGCUGCUGGUUCGAAGUGUAAACGUUACCGUAACGAAAAUAUAAUUUUUACCUACUUUAGUGUAAAAUUAAUUAUUGAAGCGGAAUAAAUAUGAGUUUACCUUUGAAUCCGAAGCCUUUCUUGAACGGCCUGACAGGGAAACCUGUGAUGGUAAAGCUGAAGUGGGGGAUGGAAUAUAAAGGCUACCUGGUGUCGGUGGACGGAUACAUGAACAUGCAGUUGGCAAACACAGAAGAGUACGUCGAUGGAGCAUUGGCAGGGCAUCUUGGUGAAGUGUUGAUCAGGUGCAACAAUGUUUUAUACAUCCGAGGCGUAGAAGAGGAGGAAGAAGAUGGAGAAAUGAGAGAGUGAU